AUUUUAGCAGUGAAGUAUAUGUGUCAGUUUCUCAAGAGGAAGAAGAAAUGGGUGACCCGGGCUGGAAGGAGGAACAAAUAGCAUUGGGUGAGGUUAGUGUUUUGGUUGGGCGAGGGUUUACAAAGCCAGGAAAACAAAGGCCUAGGAAGGCCUGUGGCCCAAAACGUGGAUAG